CGGAGACUUGUCUUGGGCUUACAGCCUUACACAAACAACGAAGAGGAUACAAUACAUGUGAAAUGUAUGAUAACGAACGAUCAAUGUAUUGGACAGUUGGCAGUGGUCCAUAAACAUUAAACAACGACCCCAAAACCAAAAAUCCAAUAGAUAACUUCAAACUUCCCUCUACAAUACACCUCCCACUCCCACAGUCCCACGGUGGGGAGCACCUAAUCUCAUCUUAAACUAUGGUGGUGGUUAUGGACGUUUUGUACCAGCCAACGAAGCCUUUAAUCACGUCGUCUUCGCCUUCGCCUUCAAUCUCCGACCGGAAUUUCAACUAUUAUGCUCAUGUAUCCACCAAGUACCAUCCGCUUCCGAGUACUAGCAGCAGCUUCAGAUUACAUCGCAUCACUUCUCAAUUGGCCCCAAACUCAUCCAAAACAGAUGCAGGUUAUGGAUGUUCAUGGAUGCAAGACAACUCAACCUAUAAGUCUAUUAUAGCCAACCAUGAAAGGAGACAUGGCCCAUUACAUUCAAUGUUUCCAUCUAGCCCUGCACAAGUUUCCUCUGUGGAAGAUCUUUUUGAAUUUAUAUGCUCAGGGCCCCUUAUAGAAAAACUUGGAUUCACUCCAGAAACAAUAGCAGAGUCUAUAGACAAGUGGUUAACAAAUGGAUUCCACGUGUGUGAAUUGUUUAACCUCAACGAGUUAUACCUUACAAUACCCCAGAAAGCUAGAAUUUAUCACUACUAUAUCCCUGUCUUUUUGUGGUGCGAACAGCAGAUUUCUGAUCAUAGGUCCACUUUUAAAGAUGGAGAUGAUAUCCCUCCUUUGGUGAUUGGCUUUAGUGCACCACAAGGUUGUGGGAAAACUACACUUGUCUUUGCUCUAGACUAUCUUUUUUCAAAAACUGCAGGCAGGAAAUCUGCAACUAUUUCCAUAGAUGACUUUUAUCUUACGUAUGAUGAACAGGCUAAAUUGAGAGAAAAAAAUCCUGGCAAUGCUCUUUUAGAGUUUCGUGGAAAUGCUGGAAGCCAUGAUCUUCCUUUGUCAGUUGAAACACUAACUGCUGUUAGUAAUUUGACUAAAGAAGUAUCUUCAGGUAUGAAGAUGAAGCUGCCAAGAUAUGACAAAUCUGCAUACAAUGGUAGAGGUGACAGAGCCGAUCCUUCAACAUGGCCUGAAGUUGAAGGACCUCUAUCAGUAGUUUUGUUUGAGGGUUGGAUGCUUGGUUUCAAGCCUCUUCCUGCUCAAGUGGUCAAAGCUGUCGAUCCACAGCUAGAAAUAGUGAACAAAAACCUAGAAGCUUAUUAUGAUGCAUGGGACAAGUUCAUAAAAUCAUGGAUUAUCAUCAAAAUUAAAGACCCAAGUUGUGUAUACCAAUGGCGUUUACAGGCAGAGAUUGGCAUGAGGGAAGCUGGAAACCCAGGGAUGACUGAUGAGGAGGUUAUGGAUUUUGUAUCAAGAUAUUUGCCUGCGUAUAACGCAUACCUCCCUACACUCUACACAGAAGGACCAAAAGGAUCAGAUUCUAAUCACACACUUAUUGUUGAAAUCGAUGAACAAAGAAAUCCAAUCCUUGCUGGCUAGAUACAGGCAACUAGGUACCUCCACCGA